AUGCGUCGCUUCCUGGUAGGGUGUUUGAUCGUUUUGGGCGCCAUCACGGUUGCCUCUGCUCUCGCGGCUCCACAGGGUGAAGCCGUAGCAGCCGUCGGACAAUGCGCGCAAGACUGCUGGAAUGAGGGCGCGGAAGAAGCUGGGUGCGACCCGAACACCGACGAUGACUGCUUAUGCGGGAUAUUCUUCGACCUGGUUACUGAAUGCACAUCGGAUACAUGUAGUGUCGCCGAUAAUCUAGAGGUGCUGAAUACGCUCCAGCCGGUUUGCGAAUGA